AUGAAUAAUAUAAUACAAGCCCUGAAAAUACUGGAAUCGUCGUUUCAAAACAGUUAUUCAUCCAUAGUAUACUCAUUCCUAAAAUUCUUCGUGGAUCCAGAGGUCUUUGUAAGGUUUUUGAACAAUGAUCAAACAGGCUCUGCGCACAUGUCUUAUGGAACUGACGUGAGCGUGCUCCUUAAGCACUUGAUGACUUCUUUAUGCAUUUGCUUAAUAGAAAUAUUUUUGUUUUGUUACUUGCGGGCUAUAUGUGUAUACAUUUACCAGCCAAGGUGUUUUUGCACCCCAGAAGGUGAGAGAAUGGAGCUCCUUCCUCAGGGGUUUUUUGAUUGGAUCAAACCAUCUUGGAAAUACGAUAUAAAUUGUUUCUUAUCAAUGGGUUUGGAUACAUAUUUCUUCCUACGGUUUAUUAAUAUCCUUUUGAUUUUUUUUGCUUCGUGUGGUCUAUUGAAUCUAAUAGUUCUUCUUCCCAUCAAUUUGACAGGCUCCACAUUUACAUUUCGUGCGAAGGGGCUCGACCGCUUGAGCAUUUCAAAUAUAGCAAUGAGUAAAGUUGACCGACUCAAUUUCCACUUUGUAUGCUCAUUGAUAACUAUUGGAUUCUUUAAUUUCCUUAUUUUACAUGAAUUCCGCAGUAUUGCAAAAAUACGAUACACAUAUUUAAAUUCUUUUGCUCACAGAAAUAGGGCUUCAUCAAGAGUCUUACUUUUGGGAAAUGUUCCAGGUUCGUUGCUCGAUUCUGAUUCGCUCCACAAAUCCUUCAAUCUGUUUUGCGAAGGUUUAGAACACAUUUGGAUUUUGGAUGAUUACUACGACUUUUGGUGGCAGUGGAAAAAAGCUGUUGAGGCCUUAGAUAUUUUGGAAAUGAAACAAAUGCGAAUAUUAAAAACCUUGGGCCAGUUUUCAGGGGAAUUAAAUCACAAAUUUGAUAUGUUCUAUCCACCUAUUUAUUUGCCUUUAAUAUCAAUUCCUAUCUUUAGCAGAGUGAUCUCUCUUCGGCUACCCGGAUUUUUAAGAGCAAUAGCUCUACAGAAGCCAAAGUCUAUCGAUGAUUGGUGUCUCCAUAAUCUUGAAAAAACUCUGGAAAUUCUUCAAAAGCGUGUUGAUGAUAUUGCAGCUGGAAACUAUGUGAAACAAAGCAAGGUCUUUCUCAUGUUCAAAUCGCAAGAGUCUGCGUACAUGGCACAUCAGGUCUUGUUAACUCUGAAUUUUGGUUUUCUCGAUGAAAGCAUAGUUGAAGUCAAUCAUAAUGACAUAAUUUGGAGAAACUUGGCAAGGAAAAAUAACUGGGUGAUAUUGAUUGAAAAGUAUUUCUUUGUUUCGCUUUUGACAGUGAUUAUAUGUAUCUACGUUGUUCCGGUGUCCUUGAUUGCGUUAUUCUCCCAAAUUCCAUUGAUCACUCAAUUAAUUCCCUUCAUGGGAUUUUUGAAUCGGCUACCUGAAGAAAUAAAAACUAUAUUCUCAAGUUUUUUACCUACCAUCUUGUUAAGUAUGGUAACAACAAUGCAGUUGAAGGUUUUCAGAGUCGUAUUAUCUUUGAAAGGGAAUUGGACAGGAGCUGAACUUGAGCUAGAUAUCCAAUGUUGGUAUUUUGCAUUCUUGUUCAUUCAACAAUUUUUAGUUGUGUCAGUUCUGACAAGUCUUAUUGUCGUACUUCUUCAAGUUGUGGAAAAGCCAGUUUCCAUUCCCAUUUUAUUGGCUGCGAAUAUUCCAAAGAGCUCAGUGUUCUUUUUCAAAUACCUAUCUGUGAAAACAUUCUCAUAUUGUGGGAGUAACUUUUUAAGGCUAAGUGAUCUAUUGGCUCACUUCUUUAUUUAUCCCUUGAUUGACAGAACUCCCAGAAUGAAAUUCAACAGAUUAACCUCGUUGAGAAAGGUGAAGUGGGGCUCUCUAUAUUCUACACUUUCUGUUUAUGGAGCCAUUGGUAUUACAUAUAGCACAAUUUCACCUGUGGUGUCUGUCUUUAUGAUAUUGAUACUACUGUUGACGUUUCUUUACUAUAAACAUGCCCUUCACUACAUGUACAGUCAUGUGAAUGACUCCGAGACAAAUGGAAAAAUGUAUCCAAGGGCGCUAUUUCAUUUGUAUUCAGGGAUUUACUGCUUGGAAUGUUGUAUGAUAGGCAUCUUCGUGUCCCUGGAAAAUCAAAAAGGAGAUUGUCCAAUGAAGUUUCAAGCUUUAAUGAUGGCAUGUGUCCUUCUUGUCACAAUUUUUGGAAAUAUUGUAUUUUACAGGCAAUUCCAAAAGCUUUUCAGCUAUUUCCCACAAAUGAGCGAUGAAACAGCAGAAAUUGAAGAGGAGCGAAAUGGAUCUUUGUGUGAGCAUUCACGGGGUGCCUUGCUAUACUUCCAUCCCUGUUACAAUUAUGAGAAACCAACCCUUUGGCUUCCUGAGAAUUCCUCUGGUGUUGCAAGCAAAAUAAUCGGCCAUUACAUCUCUCAAAAAGCUGCUCUUGCUGGGGGUUCUACUGACGGGGCUAUACUCAUCGAAGAAGGUAUGUUUAUGAGUUUCAAGCUUCUUCAUGAGCCUCCACGAAAAAAAGUCACCCGUUAA